UUAUUUGUGGAUAUUUGAGCUUCUGUGCGGAUAUUUUAUCAAAUAUCAUAACUGCAUUCCCGAUAAUUUGUGCCGUUAAUAUUAUUUUCAGAUAUUUGACCUUCUGUAACGAUUUCUUAUCGGGUAUUAGAGCAGAUUUACACAAGUGUAUUAUUAUCUCAUCGCGCAACCGUUAUCGAACAUUAGCGUGUCAUCCGGGGGACUGCAAUUUGGAAGAUUUUUUUUUUUAUUAUAUGAUAAUAAUUAAGAGGAUCAUUGUUUUAUUUCGAUCGACACUUUUGUAUUGCAUUGGAACGUGAUUCUUUUUGAUCGCCGUGGUAAAAGUUGCAGUCAGGAAUUCUAUCCGGACUAAUUCGAAGUUUUGCGAACCAUUCCGAAAUCUGUGUCCGCCUCAAUCCGAAAUCAUUCGAGGGAAACCCAAGCAAGUUUUGAAUCAUUUUCAUUCUGUGUCUCACCUCCAAGUUCAAUCCAAAUGAAUCCAUAGCACAUCCGGAAAAACUAUUUCAAUCCUUUUCAAUUCGUGCGUACAAACCGCAUGAAUCUGUGGUCUAUUGUGACAAACUUUUUAAUAUUUUUUAAUUCGUACGUCGCAUCCAAACGAACCCGAGACUUAUUCUGAAAAACUUUUCAAUUCAUUUCAAUCCGUGCAUCUAAUCCAAAUGAAUGAAAACCUCAUCCGGAGUAACUUUCAAUCCUUCUCAAUAAGUCAAACAACAUCAAGUUCAAUCUAAAUGAAUCCGACACCAAUCCGAAAUAAUCUUUCGAACCUUGUCAAUCCUUGCAUUCAGUCCGAAUAAAUCGGAAAAUAUUCGAAAAGAAUCUUUCAAACUUUCAGUCGAAUUUGAUUCCUAUUUUUCACGGACUCGCUCGGAAUAAAACUCAUUCGUUCGGAUACAGAUUUCGGAAUUAAAUAGAUUCAGACAGAUAGACAUUUUCCUAUCCGAAACUUUCUGGAAGAUCGUUAUAGUGAAGUAAAAAUUGGACAUGGCAUGAAUAUAUUUUCAUGUAUUUCAUGAUGCUGAAAAUAAUAUUUUGCAAUAUAUUAAAAUUAUUUGGAUUGUUUGUGGUGCAUGGACGAUCGGUGGCAAACUUCAAGAUGGCCGCCGAAAACGAGUCAACGCCGUUACUCAACGGGAGAUUACGAAUUUCCAUUAAAUUGUCAUAUUCCCUCGGACACAUUUUCAAUGACUUGGCAGCAGCGAUGUGGUUCUCUUAUACGCUUCUUUAUCUGCAAAGAAUAGCAUUAUUCGAACCGAUCACUGCAGGAACGCUGUUACUUUUGGGUCAAGUCGUAGACGCUUUGUCCACGCCAAUCUUUGGUAUUCUCGUAGACCGGUAUAAUAAGAAAAAAAUAUGGCACAUAAUCGGCUCGGUUAUGGUAACCGUCUCUUUUCCUGCAAUAUUCGGCACCUUCCUUGAGACUUCCGUUACCACAGCCAUGAUCGUUUACGUGGCAAGUAUCACAAUAUUCCAGAUUGGUUGGGCAGCCGUACAGAUUUCACAUCUAUCCAUGAUUCCAGCCAUGACGAAUUCUCCACUCGAACGUGCUGAUCUGACGGCUAUGAGAUAUUCGGCACAGGUUGGCGCUGCUGUCGUCGUAUUUGUCAUCACAUGGAUUGUCUUGCCAAGCAGUGAAGAUCCGACGGUCAAGCUAAAUCAGCAGGAUGCUAGCAAAUUUCGGAAUAUCGUUCUGAUAUGCACGGGUCUGGGAGUAGUAGCUACGGUCCUGUUUCAUAUCUUCCUGAAAACACGUCAUAUCGAGCAACUCAAUGGUGGCAUCUGUACAAAGAACCAAGAACCUGACACACUCAUAGAAAACGUGACUCGCAGAAGAUUCACGUGGUCCGCUACGACUCUCCUGCUGAGGGUGGCUCUGCUCUACGUAGCCAGCAGACUCUUCAUCACCCUUGCAACAGUCUACUUACCUCUUUACAUCGAGGAACUCGAUGUUGGUCUUAAACAGGAAUUGGCUACUAUUCCAUUGACCUCGUACUUGUCUUCGUUUGCUGCUGCGAUAUUAUUAAAAUAUAUUACCGAACCAUGUGGAACCAAAGGUUGCUAUCUUCUCGGUGCUCUCAUCGGUAUUUUGUCGGCUAUUGUCACGGAGUAUGCUGGAAGUAGUCAACCCGCUAUCUAUGGAACGGCCAUCUUAAUCGGUGCCGGAAGUUCUAUAACUAUGGUUACCGCUUUGAGCGUUACUGCUGAAUUAAUUGGGCCCAGGACCGAGAGCAGUGCUUUGGUUUACUCCAUUGUGACGUUUUUGGAUAAAAUUGUUACUGGACUGGUUGUCAUUCUCAUAGAGAGAAUGAGAUGCUUGGAAAAAGAACUGUGCCCAAAUUACAACAGAAACACCCUGGCAGUGGUGUGUGCGUCCUCCAUGAUUUUGGGGUUACUGACCUUGAUGUCCGUGGCACGUUGUCUAAAUUGAUUGAACGUUCAUUAACCCAUAAAUUAAGCACAACUAUUCCCUUUAGGGACAGUGUCUACAGGACGAUUUGAAAAAACUGCAAUAGGCAAAGUAGUAUUUUAUAUUGUACCUCAAUUUCAUUGACAUAUAUUCUUCAUAUGAAGCUGAAAAAAUUAUUUUUUUUGCAGAAUACCCUUACCUGACAUUUUCUAUAUAUCUAUAUUUCACGCUCAAAAUGGAUUAUCUUUUACAGAGACACGUUCAAUGUAAACAAUCAAGAGACCAUUUGCCCUGUACGUUUGAAAACAAGAAUUGUGUCUGCUGAAAGAAUUAAAAGAUUAGGAUAACAAAUAGGAUAUCAACUACUCGUUAUAUAAUUAGAGCGAAGAGGUAAUUAGUACCUUUGCACAUAUCGAAGUGAAUACAGACAGGUCUACAAAUUAUGAUACAACUAAGACGUUAUUCCUCACAAAAAAGUAGAACGAGAGUUUAUAGUUGCUUUACGUUGAGCCUUUAAUUUAAAAAAAAAAUUAUUAUCUAAAACGCGGAAGCCAUUAUUUGUUAACCAAUUCACUGGAAUCGUGACAAUAUAUAUUAUAUGCGUAAAUUUCUCUAGACAUAUAUUAACAACGAAGUCAACGAACUAAAGAAGCCACACUAAGCCGGAUGAGUAUCAAUUACAUACAAGUUGACGUUUAUUCACUAUAUAGCUGGAGGUUUCACAUUACAUAAGAGAAACUGGCCGAUAUUUGCGACAUUCUGGUCUGCGAUGAAUAUGCGAAUAAUCUGAAUGAUACAAUAUUAAUAAUAAUAACAUAGUCUCUCUUGCCGAGAUCUUGCGGACGAAGUGCGAGAAUCGUAAAUCUUCUCGUUUUAAUCUGUAUUUAUGAAUGGUGCCAAUUACGUCUUUGAAUUGCAUUUUAUAGUGAAAAAUUAUUAUCCUAGAUUACACUGACCAUAAUAAAUAUUUUUUAAAUCUCUCAAUUUAAAACAAUUUAAUUCAUAUAAGAUUGAAACGUUUUUUGCGCUUGUUUCUCAUAAGAUUAUUUUAAAAUUACAUUUGUUCGUAUAGCAGCAUCAAAACAAGGUAAAUAAACGAAUAAGGUAGCCUAAAUUGAUAUUUAUAUCAUUUAAUUAAUAAAUUCGAGUUAUUCAAUCCAUG